CCUUCACGCGAGCCUUACAAAGCGUCACGAGUUACACGAAUGGUCAUGGGGAGCUCCGGGGAAGAAUAACAAUAGUUAGCUAGCAACAGUUGCAAUUAAUGAAGUAAUUUGGCGACGGUGAGAGUGGCGAGCUACCGGAGGCGACUAUGGCCAACAUCACGAAGAAAGUGUCGUGGUCUAGCCGAGCCGACGAGUCCGGGGCUGCCGGAGAGGGGACACCGCUGCUCAACGGCUCCGAGCAGCCCAAACUCUCCAGACAGCUGUCUGGAGGAGGCAGUAUAUUUCAGAUAGGCAGACUCAGCACGGUGGAUUUGGAGGAGGAGAUAACGUCAGACGAGGACUCUCUGAGGGGCCGACCUAAAGAGAUCCCUCAUAAUGAGAAGCUGCUGUCACUUAAAUAUGAGAGUCUGGACUAUGAUAACAUUGAGAACCAGCUGUUUCUGGAGGAGGAGAGGAGGAUGAGUUACAUGGGUUUCCGCUGUCUGGAGAUCAGUCGCUGGGUGGUCUGCGGUCUAAUCGGCUUUCUGACGGGCCUCAUCGCCUGCAUGAUAGACAUAGUGGUGGAGGAGCUGGCUGGGAUCAAAUACCAAGUGGUCAAAGAGAACAUAGAGAAGUUCACAGAGGUGGGCGGCCUUUCUAUCUCUCUCAUCCUCUGGGCUGUCCUCAACUCCGUCUUUGUCAUGUUGGGGGCCAUUAUAGUUGCGUUUUUUGAGCCCAUCGCAGCAGGAAGUGGUAUCCCUCAGAUAAAGUGUUACCUGAACGGAGUCAAGAUACCCCGGGUGGUACGACUCAAGACACUGCUGGUGAAAGUGUGUGGUGUUAUCUGUUCAGUGGUUGGUGGUCUUGCUGUUGGAAAGGAAGGUCCCAUGAUUCACUCUGGUGCAGUUGUAGCUGCGGGAGUCUCCCAGGGCAGGAGCACCUCUUUAAAGAGAGACUUCAAGAUCUUUGAAUACUUCCGGAGAGACACAGAAAAAAGAGACUUUGUUUCUGCUGGAGCUGCUGCCGGAGUUUCAGCUGCUUUUGGAGCACCAGUCGGCGGCGUUCUGUUCUCUCUGGAGGAAGGAGCUUCUUUCUGGAACCAGAUGUUGACAUGGAGGAUAUUCUUUGCUUCCAUGAUCUCUACCUUCACUCUGAACUUCUUCCUGAGUAUCUAUCACAACAAUCCAGGUGACCUUUCCAACCCAGGUCUCAUUAACUUUGGACGCUUUGAGAAUGAACGUGUGGCCUAUAACCUCUAUGAGAUUCCCUUGUUCAUCGCUAUGGGAGCUAUAGGUGGAUUGCUGGGAGCUCUGUUCAACGUUCUCAACUACUGGCUGACCAUCUUCAGGAUCAGAUACGUCCAUCGCCCUUGUUUGCAAGUAAUGGAGGCCAUGUUGGUUGCUGCAGUGACGGCGACAGUGUCUUUCACCAUGAUCUACUUCUCCAAUGACUGUCAACCUCUGGGGCCAGAGCACACUGAGGAGUACCCACUGCAGCUGUUCUGUGCAGAUGGGGAGUAUAACUCCAUGGCAACAGCCUUCUUCAACACUCCUGAGAGAAGCGUCCGUAGUCUCUUCCACAACCAGCCAGGAACCUACAAUCCUCUGACCCUGGGAUUGUUCACCCUGACUUAUUUUUUCCUGGCUUGUUGGACCUACGGCCUGGCGGUGUCUGCUGGAGUCUUCAUCCCAUCUCUGCUGAUUGGAGCAGCCUGGGGGAGAUUGUGUGGAAUACUGUUGGCCUCCAUCACUUCCAAUGGCUCGAUCUGGGCUGAUCCUGGUAAAUAUGCCCUGAUUGGAGCUGCAGCUCAGUUAGGUGGCAUCGUGAGGAUGACUCUCAGUUUGACUGUCAUCAUGGUGGAGGCCACAGGAAAUGUCACAUAUGGUCUUCCCAUCAUGCUCGUCCUGAUGACCGCUAAGAUAGUCGGAGACUACUUUGUAGAGGGUCUGUAUGACAUCCACAUCAAGCUGCAGAGUGUUCCCUUCCUGCACUGGGAGGCUCCUGCCACCUCCCACUGGCUGACUGCCAGAGAAGUGAUGAGUUCACCAGUCACCUGUUUGAACAGGAUAGAGAAGGUGGGAACAAUCGUGGACGUCCUCAGCAACACCUCUACCAAUCACAACGGCUUCCCUGUUGUCGCGCAGGUUGCUGGUAGUGAUGAGCCAGCGAAGCUCUGCGGCCUCAUCCUUCGCUCUCAGCUCAUUGUUCUUCUCAAGCACAAGGUGUUUGUUGAAUUAGCCCGGUCCAGGCUGACCCAGAGGAAGCUCCAGCUGAAGGACUUCAGGGACGCCUACCCCCGCUUCCCCCCAAUCCAGAGCAUCCACGUCUCCCAGGAUGAGAGGGAGUGUAUGAUGGAUCUCACAGAGUUCAUGAACGCAACGCCUUACACUGUACCACAGGAAACAUCUCUUCCUCGUGUGUUUAAGCUGUUCAGAGCGCUGGGACUCAGACACCUGGUGGUAGUGGACGAUGAGAACAGGGUGGUCGGACUGGUGACCAGAAAAGACUUGGCCAGAUAUCACCUGGGCAAACAUGGACUGGAGGAACUUCAGCUGGCCCAGACAUAGUGCGCACACACAGACACACACACACACACACACUCACACACACACAGACACACACACAAACUAUGACAUGUUCACCUGAUGCCUCGUAAGCUGUUGACCACCAGCUAUGCAGCCCAAAAAGGACACCAUCAAAGGUCAAGAGAUCACUGUCAUUCUUUUGAUGCCAAAAUGUUCACCAUAACAACAUAACACACCUACAGGCCUGGGUCAUUACCAUAAAAACCACAUGUAAACAAACUAACUGCUCUUGUUGUAAAGACUUGAAGAAAAUAACUGCAACUGAUGCACACAUUCACUCUGUUAAAUCUGUCUGAAACACUACCAGAAGUCAGUGAUUUGCUUUGAAGGAUUCUGAGUUGUGGUUUUGUCCAACACGGUUAUUAUUAUCAUCACAGUUCAUUUGCUGGCUGCUGCGCUGAGACAUCAAAUGGUAGUUUAGCACAGGGCUUUCGCACCUUUGUCUUUUUUCUUAAUAAUGAGCAGAAAAGAAAGAAAUGUUUGCUUUUUUUCCCUGUGCUCGUGUGCUUUCACAGACCUCAUUAAAGAUGUUUUAUGAACCGGGUCGAAUCAAAAAGAAAGCAAAUAAGAGAAGAGAGGAAAGCCAGGUGAGAAGAUUCAGUUGAUCUGUGUUAGCCGGAAAAUGGAAAACCUUCUACUUUGUUUUGUUUACAUUUACGUCUGUUCUCAAUUCUGUUUAUCCUCCUCAACAUUACUUAAAAUAGAUGUUUAGUACCCUCUAGUGAAGUAAUGAUGCUGGUUAUGUGGUGAUGAGGUGAUACAUUAUUAAUCGGCUAUGAUAUUGACUAAUCACACUUGUAAUAAUUCAGGUGGAUGCUUUUUAUGCAAUGCAUUUAGUUUAAAGUUAUUACGACAUGACUCGCUUAUUGAACUAAAUGAGAUCUUUAAAUUGGUUUGCUUUGAAAAACUGAUUUCGAGUGAGUGUUCAAGUCAGUGAUAUGAACAACUUCACCGACCAUUUAAGGUCUAGUUUGUCAAUUUAAUGUUUUCUGUUUUUGUGUAGUUUUGCACUGAAGGAAUGCUGUUAUUUAUUGUUGAUGUUGAAUACUUGUUUUGAUUUUAAGAGUAUGGGUCAGGAUCAUGUACAUCACUUCCCAUAAAUGAAGACUCUUUCACAAGUGUGUUUCAAAGAAAGGAAAGGAGAAUUGUUUGACUCUUGUCCCACAUGGCCACAAGAUGCAGUGUGAGGCAGUUUUAGCUACAGACAGAUCUGUUAUUACAUGGAGAUAUUGAUCCUUCCUCCUCUUUCUGUCUGACUUACUGAGCGUAUUUAUAUUUAUACUACUGUCAGUAAAAAUUGAUUGGUAUUCAUAGGUACGAACAUGUUUUUUUUUAUCACCAAAAAAUGUUUGCACUUUGACUUACUACUGACAAAAGUCUCCUUUUCUUGAGAAAUUCCCACAGGUAGCUCUAUAUGAAUGUAAACCUUUGUUUACCACGUAGCCUCCGUUUAAACCAAUCGAUUUAUCAUUGCAUUACCCAGUCAGGGUGCCACGCAAGACAUAAAUAUUCUGAUUCAUAAUUAUUUUCAUUUGUCAAUUAGUAAAUCUAACAUUUCCUCAAUUAUCAGUGUUAAGUCUUUUCUUUGUGCACUUUGUUUUUACACCUUUUGUUUCCUGUGUGCUCUUUGUUUUGUUGUACAUUUCUAGAUGUUAAAGUAUCGAUUAUGCUCUAUUUUAUAACCACUGAAUAAGUCUUUUGUGAAUUAAUAAAAAUAAACGUAUCUAUUGUUA